AUGGAAGAAAGUUCCAGCGUUCCUGAGAGUGAUAAAUCCCAAGAGAGUUAUGUUGAGGGUGUGGAUCCUCAACCACCUGGGGAUGCUUUUUCACAGGAAAGCACCGAGACAUUGAAUGUCUUGGUGAAUGACGGAUCGAGUGUAGGCGCUUAUACACUUGAUCUGGUUACACCUCCUAAGUCAGCUUCGGAGGUAGUCAAGUUGCCAACGCUAGAAUCCAACAGAUUCUUGCGAGAUCUGCGUAGUAACGGAAUCAAGCAGAUCUACGUACUCGUCACAGAGGACGAGUACGUCGCCGACAUUCGGUCGGCACAAGUGUUUGCUGAGAACGAACGGGUUCUCAAUAGGUCAUCGAUGGACGAAAGUGUCCUCGAUGAGAAGACCCGGAUUGAGCGAUACACGUCUCAAUUAUGGGAGUAUUUGAAGACAAAUCCUUUGUAUAAGGAUUUAGUCGGAUUCAGGGAUGUUUUCCUGAAUCCGUGCCAUGCGAGUUGCCUAAGGACAAAUGCACUCGGCACGAAAUUGAACUGA